AGUAGUGAAUGCACCAUUGUGCUUCUUUGAGACCAAGCAGAGUAAAGAUGACUUCAGUAGGCAACCACUCUAUCCUCCAGGAGGUGGACCUCCAUAGUAAGACCAAUAAUGAGGAGCACCACACCAGUGAACUCCCUGGAGAUCAACUGAUCGUGCGGAGAGGACAGUCCUUUAAGAUGACCGUGAAAGUGACGAAGCCUUUUAAGCCCGACCUUCAUUCCCUCUUACUCACUGCCACAACUGGUGGAGCCCAUGGAGAGUACUCCUCUGAGGACCAGGGCACCUUGUCACGCUUCGGUAUCCCAGGCUACCCCGAUCGUUCACCUACAGCAAAGGCCAUUUGGACAGUCCAACUUCACGGCAGCUCCUCGCUGACGUCCCUGAUCCUGCUCAUCACCCCCCCGACGGACACCCCCAUCGGAAAGUACACCUUGACAGGAAGUCUCUGGGAUGAGGAAAUACAGCUGGCCACGCUCGUGGUGCUCUUUAACCCCUGGUUCUCAGGAGACUCUGUCUUCAUGUCUGAUGAAUUGGAGAGAAAAGAAUAUGUGAUGAAUGAACAAGGAGUGAUUUACGGAGGAAGUACCGAUUACAUCUCUGGAAUGAACUGGGACUUUGGCCACUUUGAAGACGACAUGGUGGACAUUUGCCUCAUGAUUUUGGACAAGAACCUCAACUACACAAACAACCCAAGCAAAGACCUCGCCUCUCGCGGUAGCCCCAUCUACAUCGGCCGCGUGGUCAGCGCCAUGAUCAACAAUUUCGAUGACCCUGGCGUCCUGCAGGGCAACUGGUCAGACUCGUUUGAGGGCGGAGUCUCCCCUUCCCACUGGAGCGGCAGCCAUGACAUUCUUUCUAAAUGGAUAAAAAAUGACUACCACCCUGUUAAGUUUGGUCAGUGCUGGGUGUUUGCUGGCGUGAUGUGUUCAGUCAUGCGGCUACUGGGAAUCCCCACCCGUGUGAUCAGCAACUUCCAGUCAGCCCACGACACUGAUGCCAACCUGACCAUCGACGUGUACCACCCGUUAGAAGGCGCCGAGUACAUCGAGUCGGACGACAGCAUCUGGAACUUCCAUGUGUGGGUGGAGUCAUGGAUGACGCGUCCCGACCUCAAUACACACGGCAAAUACGACGGCUGGCAAGUGUUGGAUCCGACACCACAGGAAGUCAGCGAUGGCAUUUACCAGUGCGGCCCUGCCUCAGUCAUCGCCAUCCAUGACGGUGAAAUAAAUCUCCCGUACGACAUCCCAUUUGUUUUCGCCGAGGUCAAUGCCGACUGCGUGGACUGGAUGGUUAAAUCGGACGGGACCAAGUUUUCCAUGUUUUCUGACACCAAGCGAAUUGGCAAGAAAAUCUCCACCAAGGCGGUGGGUUCCAAUGAGAGAGUGAACAUCACCCACCUCUACAAGCAUGAAGAAGGCUCCGAGGAGGAAAGGGCCGUCUUCAAGUAUGCCCUCGACAAGGACGAAGAGAGCGAGGAGGAGGAGGAGAACAAUGAGGGCGAUGCCAUUCCACCGCCACUGCUGGUCUUGCACUUUGAGGAGGUGUCCAAGCCGCAGUACGGUGAGGAUGUGCAGCUGAAGCUGGUGCUGAGCAGCGACAGCAGAGUGGACAGGCAGAUGUCCGUUCGCAUCAGCGUGGAGGGAAUGAAAUACAACGGCAUCUUGGUCCUCGUCAUCCUCACUGAGACCAAGGAGGAGACACUAAGGCCUGGCAAAGAGCUGUCCAUCCCCAUUCUGAUCCCCUUCCAGACCUACUACAAGCACAUGCACGUGUGUGACAGCUUGAAGGUGACGUCCAUGGUCACAGACAUGCGACAUCCCGAUAAACCCUCCCAUGCGGAGGACAACGUGUUGCUGCAGGACCUCCCCGUCCACGUGUCGGUUACCGGCUAUGUCAGACAGUACCAAGAGGCGUCCGCAACAGUGUCCUUCAUGAACACCACCACUGUGGCCAUGACGGGCAUGACGCUAGCUCUGUCUGGAAGUGGCGUCAUGAAGGAGGAGAUGAACCUGAGGCUUCCAGAUUUGUCUCCCAACAACCGCAUCCGCGUCACAGUCCCCUUUGUCCCCUACCGGGCUGGAGAGAAGACGCUGGUGGCCGACAUUCACUCUUCCAUUUUUAAAGAUUUCAAGGGCAACUGCACUUUUAAAGUUAAUCGCUUUUAGAUGCUUUUGUGUGUGUGUUUUUUUUAAUCAACAGGUGCUUUGUCUCCAAGAGAGACUUGGGACCUCAUUAAGAGUUGCGUGGCUUUCCUACUAAAAUAGACACAGCCGGCACAAGACAUUGAUACAACAUUGAUUAUACCAUACUUGCCAACCUUGAGACCUCCGA